CGGCGGCGGACUCCGCCCGGGCUGCGGCGGCCCUCGAGCGGCGGCGGCGCCUCGGAGGACGACGACCUCGGCGUGGUCGACAGCGACUCGGACGACGCCUGGCCUUCGCCGGCUUCGCCCCGCCGCCGCCGUGGCAUCCCCGGUUUCCACGGCCAGCACGGCGGGCGAGACCUCGGCUACGCCGCCCAGACCGAGGCGGCCCUGGUGGCGGCCGCGCUCGCCCUCUCGGCGCGCGAGGCGGCGGGCUCUCCGGCGGGCGACCGCGGCGCCGCGCGCGCGGCGGAGGAGGAGGAGGCGCAGCUCCAAGAGGCGCUGCGGCUCUCCCGAUACGAGGCGCUGCGCGCGGCGCUGCCCAUGUCGGCCUUCCCGGGCCGCUGUUCCGAGGCGUGCGGGGGCGCGGGCGGCGAAGCCCAGGAGUGCCCGAUCUGCCUGGUCGAGUUCGAGCAGGGCGACCGCGUGCUGCGCCUGGAGUGCCUGCACCUGUUCCACGAGAAGUGUGUGGACUCGUGGCUGCAGAAGCGGCUGGACUGCCCGGUCUGCCAGACGAGCUUCGCGGUGCCGUGAGGCCGGGUGGCAAAAACCGCACGGCCGUGCGCAUGCCAGAAGUCGCUGGCCGCGACGAGGGCAUGCCUGGCGAAGUGUGGUGGGAAGAGAGGAGUUGCAGCACGGCGGCACGAUGGGCCGCAGGCCUCCAGGAGGUGGCCACGUGGACGAGGGGCACGUUGGCCCCUCCUCUC